GUCUAUCUGUGUUGUUUCCAUGCCAACAACGAAGCUCAAAGUCACUAGCUUUCAUUUCAAAGUCAGCGUUGAAAUGGCUUGAAUCCAUAAGAAAAACAUGUCUUGCUCUUUUAAGAAAGGAGUUAGCCUCAAACAAGGAUCUAAGACAUCUACAGUCUUAACCAAUCGGUCUAGUUUUAUCACGAUCGUAACAGACGAGCCGUACGAAACUCGUUGUGCAGGACCGCGAACAGAAGCACAUCGCAAAGGCGUGCGACCUUUGAAUAAAUCAACUUUAUGUCUAGAAAUUUCUCCUCUGAAAACGUCUUACGAAAGCUGCAUGAAGUCGAGUUUUUCUGGAAGUAAAAAUUUGCAGCCCAGCAAAAGGCCUUCAGCAUUUCCUUCUCAGCACACAUCACAAUUCAAUAUUGGAAUUGCCAGUGACCAUAUGUUAGAUACGCAUGUCAAAAAGACUUAUGUUCAUCACAACAUAGUGCCAACUAAUCAAUUACAUGAGCACAACCAACGAUGGAAUAACCAGAUGUCUGGUAAAGAUAUGGUGGAGUCAACCAGACAAAAUAAAUGUUCAGAGAUGACUUUUAAUACAACUUAUUCCACAAUACAUGACAAGCUAGGGAUGGAAAGAGGGCCAGGUUCUCAGAUGAAACCACCAAUGAGAAGAAAAUUUGACAUUUUAACUGGAGAGCCAUUACACUUAUCACAACAAGAAGAUUUUCACCUUACAUCUAGAAAUCGCAUAUUACAUAACAUGCGACAUGGAAAAGACUUCCAGAAUUCAUUCAUCUUGGGAUAAAUUUUGUUACAUGUAAUUAUAACAGUUGUAGAUUGUUGAACAUUUUUAUAUAAAGA